AGCUUGAUGGGUUUGGAUGGUAAUCAGACUUAUACAAUUGGUCGCAGGGGUUGAAACAGUAGUUUGAGGCGCGAAGAGGUUUGCGUAUGCAAGUCGGUUAAACCUCAGUCUUCAAGGGUUUUGCAUUUUGAAUUGUCCUGCUUUCUUCUAGCCUUCAGCUCCUCUCCCGCACUCCCGCUUUCCUCGGUCAGCCUUGUUCGCAAUGGAUUUCGCGUUGAGCCGCAGGCGUCGGCCUUCACCCAUUCAGAUCCCAAAGCUCGAAAGAAGACUAGACGACGAUGACGACGGUCGAAACAGAUCAACCUCAUCUCCAAAGCCCCCAUCGCUUCUAACGACGACGGACGCUGCGCGUCCCACAUCUCAACCAGGUCUUGAACAGAGCAGUCUUUCUCGUGCCGGAGGUACUUCUCUAUUGGUACCCUCAAGCAUCUCUGUGCUCUCAAGUUCGAGCCCACGCCGAACGACAAUCCAGCAACCGACAACUACGCUUCAGCCAAUAUCAGCCACCACAAAACGCGUGUCCCCGACAAGGACAACCUUCAUAACCGUGACCAAGUCGUUUCAAGAGAAGGAAGAGACGCCAAAACCGACUCGCACGGUCUUCCUCUCUGCUACCCCCGAGAUAGUGACCGUCACAGCACCGCAAGUCGUGCCGACAUCAACAGCUCUACCAGCACCAGCGGCUGAGACGCUGGGACCCCCAAAGCCACAAUCACAAAGAGCUGGUAUUCUUCCUCCAGGUGCGAAGAUACCGGUGAUUGCUUUCAGUGUUGUUGGUGAGUGUAGCCCGUUGGCGAGAUCAACUGUCUGCUAAUUCCAGUGCAGCCGGACUGGCCAUGUUCUUUACUGUCGCAGUUAUCAUAUGGAGAAGAAAGAAAAGGAAGGCCGACGCGAAGGAGGCUUCAGAGCAGCGCGCCAUGGCAGAGAGGGAUGAUGGUGGCUUUCGAGUGAUCCCCGAUACGCGGCCGAUCUUGUCAUAG